UGUAACCGGGAUGGCGGAACCACGAGCGGUGCUGCUGCUCAGCGGCAAAAGGAAAUCGGGGAAAGAUUUCGUGGCGGCGGAGAUUCAGAACCGGUUGGGACCCGACGUGUGCACCGUGCUGCGGCUGUCCGGACCCCUGAAGGAGCAAUACGCCAAGGAGCACGGCCUGGACUUCCAGCGGCUCCUGGAUGCCAGCGCCUACAAGGAGCAGUUCAGGCAGGACAUGAUCCGAUGGGGAGAGGAGAAACGCCGCGCCGACCCCGGGUUCUUCUGCCGUGCUGCGGUGCAGGGAGCAGCACAGCCGGUGUGGGUGGUGAGUGACACGCGGCGCCUGUCGGAUGUGGAGUGGUUCCGGGAUGCUUAUGGGGCCAUGGUGCUGACUGUGCGUGUGACGGCCAGCGAGGAGACGAGGAGGAAGAGGAGCUGGGUCUUUGUGGCAGGGGUGGACGACGCUGAGUCCGAGUGCGGCCUGGACCAGGGGGUGUCCUUUAAUUGGGUGAUCACCAACGAUGGGGACGGGGCAGCCCUGGCUUCACAGCUGGAGGAUCUGCUGCAGGACGUCCGCAGCCGCCUGUAGCCAUGGGAUGGGGAUGGAAAGGAUGUGGGGACCUCAUCCAUCCCUGGGGGCUUCACCCUUUGUGGGGUCUCAUGGGGUUGUGGUGCUGGGGAAGGUGGAGACCCCCAAUCCCCCCUUAAGAACUUCCAUCCGCAGAGGCUGUGCCUUCCUGCAGGAUUAGUUUUGCUGCUGCUCAGGGACCCUGAACCACAGCAUGGGGACAGUGCCCCGUGUCCCCCCCUGCCCUGUGGUGCCUCCAAAUAAAGCUCUGUCGCUGGA